AUGUCGCUCCUCACCAGAUACCUGCCGUUCGCGGCCUCCACGACACCGCUGCACGCCGCGACGUACCUACUCGGCAUCUCGCUCUUCUCCAUCUCUUUCCUAGUGUUCCUGAAUAGCAGCGUGUCCUUUGUCAUUACCGACCUAAUCGGCCAAAAGGACGGCGUGGGCGAUGUCGUCGGUACGCUAGGCUUCGCCGACGAGAUCGUCGCCCUGAUCGCUUGCCCCAUCUGGGGCCUCAUCUCGACCGGCUGGGCAAUCUUCUUCGCCGUUGGUGCCACCGCCGCCGCCACCAUGGUCACCGCGAUCCUACCCUCACUCACCGACGAAAGCGACACCCAUGCGGCCGCAGCCCUCUCCCGUCGCGGCGGCCCCAAGCCCAACGCCAGCCGUACCUCGCGCGAGAGCGUCGCCCUCUCUCUCUCCUCCGAGCUCACCAUCACCCCCGAGCGCUACACCCGCACCGCUCGGCAAGCCUCGGCCCUCGCCGGCUACGUCGGCGUCUUUACCGGCUGCGGCGCCCUGCUUGCCCUCUCCCUCUUCUUGCCCUUGCCCGCCCGCUUCGGCGAGAUGGACGGCGUGAGCACCGCUGACGCCGUCACCUAUGCGUUUUACGUCGUUUCCGCCGUCUCCCUCCUCGUCGCUGGCUUCGUCUUCGUCGGGCUCAAGGGCCUCAAGGGCGAAGAUGGGAAAGGGUGGGCUGUCCUCUUUGGGAGCCACCAUGGCGAGCGCGCCGGCAGUGACUCCGAGGAUGGUUCCGAGGACUCUGCUCUGCAGCGACCCAUCCUCCCCUACCGACACCUCCUCAAAGAGGCCGUCAAACUCGGCUUUUCCGACUCCAACAUCGCCCUCGGCUACCUGGGCGGCUUCGUCGCCCGCGCCUCCACCGUCGCCAUCUCCCUCUUCAUCCCCCUCUUCGUCAACACCUACUUCAUCAGCAACGGCUUCUGCCAGGGCUCCCCCACGACCCGUCCCCCGAACUCAAGAAGGAGUGCCGCGCCGCCUACAUACUCGCCUCCAUCCUCUCCGGCGUCGCCCAGCUCCUCGGUCUCCUCUGCGCCCCGCUCUUCGGCUACCUCUCCAGCCGCACCCGCCGCGCCAACCUCCCCUCCCGAGAUCAAGGACGUCGACGGCCGCGGCGGCGGGCCUCUCGUCUUCCUCCUCGUCGCCCUCAUGGGCAUCAGCCAGAUUGGCGCCAUCGUCUGCUCCCUCGGCUCCCUCGGCCGCGGCGAUGACGACGGCGAAACCGACGGUGUCGGCGCCCAUGGCGACUCGGCUGCCGCUCGCGGAGCCCACGGCGAGACCACCGCCCUCCUUCCUGCCGCCAUCGAGGACGAAGAGGAAGGGGAGGACCACGCCAACGGCGGCUACGGUGCGGCCCUCGCCGAUGCCCGUAGUCGCGUGCGCCUCAAGGGCUCCAUCGCAGGCAUGUACUCGUGGUGCGGUGGCGCCGCCAUCCUCCUCCUCACCAAGCUGGGAGGCUACCUCUUCGACUCUGUAUCCACGGGCGCCCCCUUUUACAUGAUGGCCGCCUUUAACGCCGUCUGGCUCUUUGCUAGCCUGGGCAUCGAUAUGGCUAGGGAGUUUCGCGAGAGGAGGUGA